CCUCUCUCAUGUCCCCUCUUCCCCAUCUCUGCUUCCUGUGCCUUCACAUACCGUACGUCCAUGCACCCCAUUCAACCCGUCACAGCAGCAAUGGACAUGGCCGGCACCGACAUGGAGUGCGGCGAUGCCAGCCGAAGUUCAACGACCGCGACAAUAUCUCCUGCCAACUUGGCAUCACUCCCCUUCGAUGUUCAGUGGCUGAUUGUCUGGGAUGAAGGACUUUCAGCAGACGACAUCAAAGCUCUCCGUCUGACCUGCCGUGCUCUCGUUCUCUCUACCACAACUCGUCUGUUUUACCGCAUCGGCGUCUCCAAACUCAACGUCGACCGCGAGAGCUUCCUUUCUAUUUGCCACAACCCAGAUUUGGCCAAGCACGUUCACGAGGUGGAGUGGUGUGAGCUCUCCUGGGAUCCUGGGUAUUUCGAUCGCCUCCCUGGCGUCUCUCAGUCACGUCGCGAUACCGAAGUUGAAGACGACGCCGACCUUUUAAACCUUUGCCGGUAUUUCCACAGCCAAGCAGAAGAGGCAUUUUGGCUGCCCAACGUUCCUAUUUCUAAGGACAUUGCAUACGAUGUCACGAGGCGAGAACGUGAGGAAGCUGUUGCGGGGUUCCGGGAAACAUUCAUGGCCGCCGUCGAUCAGCUUCCCAAUCUCCAUACCUUCGUUUCGCGCCCCAUGACUUCAACCCGCACCAUUAACCCCGGGUCAGACUAUCCAAUGGACGCCAAUAUCUUCCAGACGUUUCAAAACAUGGAUGGCACCGGGCGCACAACAUCCCAGGCCAACGAUGGCAAUAUCUUCCAGACGUUUCAAAAUAUGGAUGACGCCUGGCGCACGGCAUCCCAGGCCAACGAUGGCCUGUUCUUGUUCAUCUUCCCUGCCAUGGCUCGGCCCAGCUCCGCCAUCCACCGCCUGCGAUGGGCUGACGAAUUGCCUGGCUAUAGCUACUUGCGCCAAAUCCCUCCUUCCGCUUUCGAGGGUCUAGAGUCCCUGGACCUGUGCUGGGCUCCCUUCAAUCGCAAGAAGGCCGACAACGCUUCCCUCACGGCCGCUUGCUCCAUUGCGGCGCCGACUCUACGCCACCUCGGCCUUUGCCUCGCUCACGGCAACCGCAAGUCAUCUCCUGGCUAUAUCGAAGAGGAAAUCCUAGGGCAUAAUCUCGCGGCGUCGUCCAGGGGUGGACUUGAGUCGCUGACACUCAGAUCAAUGAACCUGAAGUCGAGCCUCCUCGUCGACAUCGUGAAGAUCAACGCGGCUUGCCUGCGUCAUGUCCACCUUGAGGACGCCGAUGCCAGAGUUGCACUUCUCUCGCGCAUGGUCAAGCUUCCGGGCCUUCAACUCACCACUUUCCAGGUUUCUGACGAGCCGAGAGACGUGAGCACGAUUAUUUGCGCCCAUGCCCUCGCACGGUAUAUGAACGGCGACAUUCGUGGGAUCCGGCGAGAGUGUGACGACGUCAUCCACAAUGUUGUUGAGCAGAAGAGCAUGCAGUCAUGCCGAUUCGCUACGAAAGACAACUGCGAAUGUGAUGGCUGGGAAGAUGAUGACUGGGAAAAUGGUUACGGCGAGGCUGCGUCCGAUGCUGCGAGUGACACCUCGAAGGAUAGCUUGGAUAUGCGCCGUAUCAACGGCCCGAAAUGGGCAUGGGGCCGGUUUUAUAACGAGUCGGGCUGGGGUGAUAUCUGGGCGUUCCAAGUCCCCAGCACCCAUCCCGACGGCCACCCCACGUGUUUAUGGAGGUUUACGUCCCGGGACGGCGAAGUCGGCUAUGGGGAAGACCCGCUCGACUGGUUCGACGAAUGGGACCCGAGCGCAGGCGACAUCGAGGAACCGACGCCUUACUGUAGGGCCCUGCGGGAGUUUGACGAGCAUGAGGUCAGCCACUUCACCAUUGCCGACAUGUUGGGAAUGGGCUCCCCACUCUUGGACGUGGUUGAGAAGGUGGAGCCCCCUGAGGGAGCUUUCCCCUAUGACCCCAACGUCGCGGACGAAUAUGUGGACUGUUAACUGUUCCUUCCCGUCACUUAGGAAGGAAGGGUGCGCUCGAUCCGUUUAGUUGCAGCGUCUCCUAGUCUGAGAGCCUGUGAUAGAUAUCUUCCCCGCUGGACAACAGGGAUGCAGUGUACCGUUGACUCAACGGUUCGAGGAGACAGAAGGGAUAGACCAAAGUUGCGUGGAGUAGUGUAUAGGUACAUCUAGGUAGCAGUUCUUCGACAAACAACACUUUAAUUUAAGGGGAUCGACGUGGUG